AUGAGCCCAUCGGUUCGUUUCAGAAAACCGACUUCAAUCGCUUAUAUCCUGGAUCGAGAUUUUUCACUCAUGACCACAUGUACCGCGGAGCAUGAACUUCGGACCUUUUUCGAGCAAUUCGGCGACGUUAAAGAUGUGAAGAUCGUUCGAGACUGUACCGGUGUAUGUAAAGGAUAUGGUUUCAUUACUUACGAAACAGAGGAAGAGAAAUGUGGAGUAUUGGAAUUUAAAGGACGACAGUUGAACAUCGGCCCUGCCAUACGAAAGGCCAGCAGUCUAUCCCGCACUAUUGGUAACGAGCAGAGACAUCAUUCCUCAAGGUACUGUUCUCUGCAACAACGGCAUGCCCCUGACAUUUCAGAACGGGCUUACGGUCUUGGCCAGUCCGGACGCGUACGCCGUCGCUCAACCGACCCAGGUACCGACGAUUUGGUCCCGUGUUCUAAUUAUGAUAUAUGUGACCGUUGCUACAUCCCUCUUGUGCAGGCAAACUCCAUGGCAUAUCCCGUCGUGGUGCCGCAACACGUUUACGUGGCACCGCCGUUGUUAUGUUCGCAGCUGCAGUGUUUAAACGCGCAGCAGUUGCAGGGUAUUUCAUAUGCGGGACAGACACCAAAUAAUAGUCAGGUAAUGAUUUAUUGA